UUCCUGUAACACAUUGUUUCAUUGCUUCUUUAUAAAUGGCUGGGUUGAAGGUGUAACCAUGCUGGUGAGCAGAAUAUCACAUAUUCAUGAGGAAGUUGGAAGAUGGGACCUAUAAAUCCAAAGCUGGCAGAUUAUAUCUCUAUGUUUGUGUCAGAGAGAGAAGCAAUGGAACUGGGUCCGGCAUCCUGCGUUACUCUGAAUGAUGGGCACAAGAUGCCAGUCCUUGGAUUUGGCACCUAUGCUCCAGAUAAGGUAAGUGUUCCAAACUCCAACCUACUAGCUACUAAAGUGGCCAUAGAGGUUGGAUUUCGCCACAUCGACUGUGCCCAUUUCUAUGGCAACGAGGCGGAGGUCGGACGAGCCAUAAAGAUGAAGAUGGAGGAUGGGACGGUGAGGAGAGAAGAACUGUUCUACACUGGCAAGUUGUGGAACACGUAUCACGACCCUGAACUGGUCCAGCCUGCGCUAGAGAAAUCCCUGCAGGACCUUCAGCUUCAUUACAUGGAUCUGUUUGUGAUACACAUGCCUAUGGGACUGAAGCCAGGGGAAGAUCUCAUUCCGAGAGACGAGAGGGGGCACUUUAUUUAUCAUAACGUUGAUCUGCGUCACACUUGGGAGGCAAUGGAGAAAUGCAAAGACGCAGGGCUGGUCAGAUCCAUUGGGGUCUCCAACUUUAACCGCCGGCAGCUGGAGCUGAUCCUGAACAAGCCUGGCCUGAAAUACAAACCUGUGUGUAACCAGGUUGAAUGCCACCUAUACCUGAACCAGAGCAAACUGCUGGGGUUCUGCCAGUCCCAGGAGAUAGUGUUGGUGGGAUACGGCAUUCUGGGGUCCAGCAGAGAUGAGAAAUGGAUAGACCAGAACUUGCCGGUUCUCCUGGAGGAUCCUGUGCUGAACGACAUAGCGAGGAGACAAAAUAAAUCCCCGGCACAAGUUGCACUGAGAUAUCUCCUACAACAGGGUGUCGUGGUGCUGGCAAAGAGCUCAAACCCAGAGAGGAUCAAAGAAAACUUCCAGGUAUUUGAUUUCCAUCUCCCAGAAGAAGACAUGAAAGAACUGGGAGGACUCAAUAGGAACAUGCGUUAUGUUGAGGCUAAAGUAUGGAGGGACCAUCCCCAGUAUCCUUUCCAUGAUGAAUAUUAAAGUUCAAGAAGACUCAUCUCUCCAAGGCCCAAGACUUACACAUAUCAUGGAUUCUUCCUACAACACAGAUACCCAACACUUAACAACAGGGCACUGAGAUGGAACACACACAAUAUAACAUUCAUUUACAAAGGCAGUGGAGAAUAUUUUAGUGUUCGGAUAAAACUGUUGUUCUCAA